CGACUUGACGCGCGCGCAAUUCAAAACGCUUAAGUGAAUUUUCAACGCCUGCGCGCGCUGCUUAAAACUUUUACAAGUAACUGCUAUAACUUUAAUUUUUUUUGUGCUGUGCUGUGUUUUUUUUUUUGUUUGUGUGCAAUGUGCGCGCUGCAACUUUUGCUGCUCAGCUUGGUCGCUGCCGCUGCCGCAGUGCCCAGCGAUAUUUUUCAAGCGCGUGCACCUGAAGAUCCUUGCUAUGCCUACGACAAGGACAAGCCCAGUCGCUGCAUACCAGACUUUGUUAAUGCCGCCUACGAUGCCGCCGUCAUUGCCAGCAGCAGCUGCGGCGACGACGAGCAGCAGCCGCAACGCUACUGCGAAUAUCCGGAGCAGCAGCGCCCAGGCGAACAAGCCGCGCUGCAGUGUCAAACGUGUGCGGCGGACAGUUUUCCGCCACGCGCUCUAACCGAUCUGAACAAUUCGAAUAAUGUCACCUGCUGGCGCUCGGCGCCGCUGCCCUCCGCCGGCGUCUACAGCGGCAAUGCCGGCGACAAUGUAACGCUGACGCUCUCGCUGGGCAAGAAAUACGAGCUCACCUAUGUCAGUCUGCAGUUCUGUCCGCGUGCGCCGCGUCCGGAUUCGCUGGCCAUCUACAAGAGCUCCGACUUUGGCCACAGCUGGCAGCCAUUUCAAUACUACAGCUCGCAGUGCCGCCGCCUGUUUGGACGCCCGCGGAGCAGCACAGUGAGCAAGCAUAAUGAGCAGGAGGCGCGCUGUCAGGAUGUGCAUCGCCAUGGCCAGGAUGGGCUUGCCUCGCGCAUUGCCUUCAGUGUGCUGGACGGACGGCCGUCGGCGCAUGAGCUGGACAGCUCGUCGGUGCUGCAGGAUUGGGUCACCGCCACCGAUAUACGCAUUGUCUUCCAGCGCCUGCAGCAGCCCGAUCCGCAUGCGCUGCUCAGUGCCAUCGAUGCCGCCACUGAUUUGCGCACCGGCAAGUACAGCGUCCAGCUGGCGGGCAACAACAUCGAAGCGCUCGGCGCCACAUCCGCUGGCCCAGCCGCUGCCUCUGGUCUGCACUACGCCGUCUCCGAUUUCUCUGUCGGCGGUCGCUGCAAGUGCAACGGCCACGCCUCCAAGUGUCUGCCCGACCUCAAUGGCCAGCUGAGCUGCGAGUGUCGCCACAACACCGCCGGACGCGACUGCGAGCGUUGCAAGCCCUUUCACUUCGAUCGCCCCUGGGGGCGUGCCACCGAACGCGAUGCCAACGAGUGCAAAAUUUGCAACUGCAACAAUCAUUCGCGUCAAUGUCGCUUCAGCAUGGAGCACUUUAGAUUAUCGAAAGGCGUCUCCGGUGGCGUCUGCCAGCAUUGUCGACAUUUCACCACAGGACGUCAUUGCCAGGAGUGCAAGCAGGGCUACUAUCGGGAUCCCACAAAGCCAUUGACACAUCGCAAGGCGUGCAAACCCUGCGAUUGCCAUUCGGUUGGCUCAUCUGGCAAAAUCUGCGACAGUGUCAGCGGUCAAUGUCCUUGCAAGGACGGCGUCACCGGCCUCAACUGCAACAAAUGCCAGCGCGGCUAUCUACAGAGUCGCUCCAUCGAGGCGCCCUGCAUCAAGCAAGCGACACGCAUGAUCAACAUGCUGGACACACAGAAUACAGAGCCGGAGCCAAAUGAGGCGCCAGCUGGAGCUGCUGCUGGUGGCGCUGGCCGAGGCGGAGGAGGCGCCGCCCAAACUCAAUAUUAUCGCACUGAGGGCGGCAGGGAAUGCGCAAAAUGCAAAAUCAGCACCAAAAGAUUAAACCUCAACAAAUACUGCAAAAGAGAUUACGCAAUAAUGGCCAAAGUAGUUGGUCGCGAUACGAGCAGCGAGGCGGCCAGCAACGAGCGUCGUCGCGCAAUGGCUACGGACGCGCUGGACUACGAGAUGGAUCAACAGCAGGCGGAUCAGGAGUACGAGUAUCGAGCGGGCGCAGCAACUGGCAGCAGCAGCAGCAGUUCCGACUAUCCCAACGACAGCGAAACGGCGCGCUUCGAUCUGCGCAUCCAGGCGGUGUUCAAGCGCAGUCCAAGUCCAGGCAGCGUGCAUGGAAUGCCGAAUACAAUGCUGAAACGCGGUCCUAUGACCUGGAUCAUACCGCUUAAGGAUCUGGAGUGUCGCUGUCCCAGAAUCAAAGUUAACAAAUCGUAUUUGAUUUUGGGUCGUGACUUGGAAGCGCCGCCUGGCUAUCUGGGCAUUGGACCACGUUCCAUUGUCAUCGAAUGGAAGAAUGAUUGGUAUCGACGCAUGAAGCGCUUUCAGCGACGAGCACGCACUUGCGCGUAGAUGUGCCGUCCCAGCUUUCCCCUCUUAUUUUCUCUCCAAAUGCGUUUUUUUUCUAGCUCUAAGUUCCAAAAUGCAACACGAAUUUGCUUAAUCAUACACUUAUAUAUAGUAUGUUUAAUUAUUUGCAUUGAAUUGUAAUCAUAGCUUAGUUUGUUUAUGUUUUUG